AUGUCAACCUCUUCAGGCGCCAACAACACAAUUGAAGAUGAAAAAUUAGAGUCGCAGGUUCCGUUUCCACGUUGUACUCGCCGACCCCUUCCAUUUUCAACAUCAUUUGGGAGUGAGGGGGACUCCGAUGAUCCAUUAGAGGCAAUAGAUGCAGUCAGUACCAAGCUGGAUUAUAAUUCCAGACUGAUCAAUUCGUGGCACGAGAAAUGUGUUGAAGACGAGGCCAUUUUGGCUGAUCUUAACGUUAGAGUGAACAAAGCGUUCUCCCAAAAGAACAAGUACUUGAAGUUGAGUCAUAAAAGGAAGCUGAAAGCUGAGGAGUUGAAUGCAGUAAUGAAUGAUUAA